GUGUCCGCACAGGCGGUCUGCCCUGAAGUGUCCGCACAGGCGGUCUGCCCUGAAGCUUCUGCUCAGGUGAUCUGCCCUGAAGACCCUGCACAAGUGUUGGACAAGGAUCCAUGCCAUGGUAAUUUACAUACAAUGAAGGAUUUGAAGUCCAAGAAGCAUAAGGAUUAUUCAACUGUGCACUUGCUUUUUGUGUCCAAGCAACCUUUACUUGCUGCACUAAAACUGCACAAGAAAAGGAAACACAAAAGAGCUAAAAGGCAGUCCAUUGACAAUGGAAUCAUCGCCGAUGAUCAGCAGACAUCAACAUCAGAAACUGUUUUUACCAAGGACAUGUCAUGUAAAUCCCAUAGAAGACGCAAACGCUCCCGCGCCGCUGCAAGUUUAGAUAAUGGUGUUGAGAUAUCCACGAAGAAACCACAUCUCGCUGAACGCCCCAGCAGUGCUGCUGACCUUCCCGUGGACAAGAAAGACGACAAGGAUGCAACACUUGCUAGUGCCGAGCUACCAGGUGCAUGCGUAAGCUCUGUUGCGGACCAGAUUGAUUCAAGAAACAGUGCACAUGCAAACGAGGGAGUCCCCCGGCAUUUCGAUCUCCUCACAAGGGGUUUGAGAGAAAUCCCUGUUCCACUGUGGGAUGACAUUGACAUGUCAGAUAGGAAGGCAACAGAGUUUCAAUAUCCGAGAAGGACCGACAGUAUUGGUUAUGUGCUAGAUGAAUGGGACGAGGGGUAUGACCGUGGGAAAAGGAAGAAGGUGAGGAAGCCACGUGAGGAGCCGUACGGACCGAACCCGUUCCAAGAGGCGGCCGAUGUCAGAGCACGGCCGAGGAAGAGACCGAGAUCCGACCAGGCCAGAUGGGGAAACCAGCCUCGCAGGAUAUGACAAAUCGGAGCAGCAGACGAUGUUGUUGUAUCUAUCACCCAGUUUUGCAGUGAUUGUUUUUCAUUUAUUCUUGUUUUGCUUCCCUCGGUGUACGUUACACUAGUUGUUUUUCCUCCAGUGUUUUCCCCUAUCCUUCGUGUGUUAUGUAAGA